AUGAUCGAAAGCCUACAGCACAGCGCGACCUCUGCUGUCUGGCUUACCGCGGGCCUAACGUUCGUGGCGUGUCUUGAUGGCAAUGUGCUGACAUACGAACGCUUCAUCGGCUACACCAUCUUGAAGGUCUUAUACAACAUCUCUCCCCUCCAUCCACUUGCCAAGUACCCCGGCCCACUCCUCUGGCGAGCCACAAGACUAUUCGCCUCCUACCACCAUGCCACCGGCGACCUGUACCAAUGCAUCGCCGCCAUUCACGAAAAGUACGGCGACACAGUGCGCUUAGCUCCAGACGAGCUCUCCUUCUCCUCACCAUCCGCCUUUCCACACAUCUACAACUCGCGGCCACAGCUUCGGAAGUCUGAGUGGCAUUUCGGACCUGCGAACGAAGUAAAGCUACCCGAUGGCAAUGCCUUGCCGGAAAGUAUGAUCACCGCUCCAGACGCUGAGCACACCCGACUUCGAAAGCUCGCAGGUCCUGCUUUCCUCAAUGCUGGCAUUGCCGAAGUCGAACCUGUCCUUCAGAAGUACACCGAUCUACUGUGCAGUCAGCUCGCUGUCGCGAGUAAGGAGAGAUCUCAGAAUGUGGUAGAAUGGCUUCUGCGGACGUUGAACGAUGUUAUUGGCCAACUUGCCCUCGACCAAGAAUUUCAAUGUCUCGAGUUGAGGCGUAUGCAUCCCUGGCCCAAGUUCCUCCUCAGUGUCCUGAAGCAGACGGCAUUCCUCAACCAGUUCCGUCGCUUUGGCUUCUCCUUCAAGAUCUUGACAAUGAUGGCGCCGCAGAAAGUCCUAGACGAGCGGGAUGAGUUCAUGAACAUUGCGUACCGAGCCGUCAACCAGCGGCUCAGACGAGAGAAGGGCGAGGUGUCAGACAUAGGCUACGGCUCCGACCAAAAGUCUCGACCAGAUCUCGUGGGCUUGAUGCUGCGAGACAUGAAGGGUACUGAUAGACUGUCAGAGCCUGAACUCAUCUCCAACUCCAUCCUGAUCGUUGGUGGCGGUGCUGAGACGACGAGUACAUGUCUGAGCGCCACACUGUAUCACCUAUGCAAGACACCACACGCCAUGCAGAAGCUAAAGGACGAGAUCCGAGGAACCUUCUCAACAACCGAAGACAUCACAAUCAAAGCCAUCUCCGACCUCCCCUACCUGAAAGCCGUCAUCGACGAAAGCCUCCGCAUCUUCCCAGUAGCCAGCUACAUCACCCCGCGAGUAACCCCACGCGAAGGUCACAUCAUCGACGGCCACGCCGUUCCUGGCGGCACACACGUCUCAAUGGGGCAAUUCUACAUGGGCAGGUCAGACAAACUGUUCGAUCACCCAAAGGAGUUCCGACCUGAGAGAUGGCUCGAAGGAGGCGAAGUUCAAGGGGUGUCUGGGAAGCGAGUUGAUGAGAUUCUGAAGCCUUUUAGUAUGGGUCCGAGGAAUUGUAUUGGGAAGCAGUUGGCGUUGACAGAGGCGAGGUUGGUUACGGCGAAGUUGAUUUGGGGGUUUGAUUUGGAGCUUGAUGGGGAGCAUGGGAGGUGGGUUGAGGAUGCGAGGUUUUAUAUUCUGUGGCUUCUUCAGCCGUUGCGGGUGAACCUCACGCCCGUGAGGCGGUAG